CAGAAGGAGCCCCAGCAACCUGUUAGCUCGCAAGCUAACUGGUGGCUAGCAACUCUGGUCGCGGCAUACAAAGUCAAAGAUAGCCUGGGAGAUAUUUUUGCGAUUCAACGUAGGCUUGUGUAGCAUCGUGCAGCACUCGUCUUCCUGGUAUCAGUAGUUGACAGUUGCUUGUGACCUCACUUGACGUACUUUUUUAAUCACUCAAAUUUGGCAGGGUGGUGUGUCAAAUUUAAAAACAUUUGUGUUCACUUUACAGAGGCUUUAAAACUCGCAUAUGUGACUUACUUCCACCUCCGUUUUAUAUGAUUAUUCUCCAGUUAUUGUGAACUUUCUUGUCGUCUUGUUUCAUGGAAGUUGGGGAAACUCCUCCCCUACGACAUGCACGCGCGCGCUCCCACGCUCCUCAGACCUCAUGCCCACUGCGGCACAAGAGGAGGAAAGCAAGUAGAAGAUGAAGUACGUUCCCGUAGGCGUCUUUGUGUUCUUCUGCUGUUCUCUACUGACAGGAAGUGGAAGCGGCGCUCAGCAGAAGCAGCAUGUGGCACAGGCGGCGGCAGGGGGGCUGACGCGGGGGUUGACUUGGCGCCACAACGGGCGCGUCUUCAGCAUCCUGAGUCGGGGGUCCCGCUUCCAGCCUCCGGCCCGGAGCAGGACCGCGUCCAGUAGGGACGUGCCGCCGCUUGCCGGAGCGAACGAGACCUCUGCCGCCAUCCCAGUUGAACCGCGAAUGCCCGCGGCGAAUGCCGGCGCACAGUUACGAGCAAAAACCCGUCAGCGUCCUCCACCGAGAGGAGAGCCGAGGGCAGAACCGAGACCAGAUUCUGGAGAGGACAGGAUGGCCGGCGAUGACCCAUACAACCCGUACAAGGCAUCCAACUACUACCCGUACUACAACUACUACAACUCCUAUUACAGACCCAGGCCAUGGACCCGACACUGGCACGGUUACGGAACCAGGUACCACCAGAACGGUCUUCCCGAUCUGGUUCCCGAUGCGUACCACAUCCAAGUGGGCUCAUACAUCCACAGAGUGCCCAUGUACAGUUUACGCUGUGCGGCUGAGGAGAACUGCCUCGCCUCUUCCGCGAGGUCCGCUGGAGAUUACGACGUGAGAGUUCUGCUGAGGUUCCCUCAGCGCGUGAAGAACCAGGGAACCGCCGACUUCCUGCCCAGCAAAGCUCCGUACUCCUGGGAGUGGCACAGCUGUCACAAUCACUUUCACAGCAUGGACGAUUUCAGUCAGUACGAGCUGCUGGACGCCGAGAGCAACGAGGCGGUGGCGGAAGGCCACAAGGUCAGCUUCUGUCUGGAGGACACGUCCUGCGAGGCGGGCUACUACCGCAGAUACGCCUGCACCUCGCACGCGCAGGGUUUGAGUCCGGGCUGCUACGACACGUACAACGCCGACAUCGACUGUCAGUGGAUCGACAUCACCGACGUGGCUCCGGGGAAAUACAAACUUCAGGUGACCGUCAAUCCCAAACAGAAAAUUCAGGAAUCGAACUUCGCCAACAACGUGGUCCACUGUGAUGUCCACUUCACGGGAAACGCCGCCCACAUGUCGGCGUGCAAGACCACAGCGUGAGGGAGGAGCAACACGUCAUCCACGCAUUUUUGAUGUUGUCCGGUGCAUUUCAAUCCACCGUAGUUUCGUUCCUUUCUGCCGUCUGAAACAUUUGCUGCCAUACAAGUGUAAAAGGCAGCUAAUCUUCCUUUCAGAAGCUGAGAUUGAACCCUUGGAUGAUUUUUCAAACAUCGACAGUGGACUUGCACAUUUCAUAUGAAAAACGCCAACGCGUACUGUGUAUUUAACUCGAAUUUUAAAUGCCACCAUGAAAUAAACUUCACGGCACUCUUCUGGAA